AUGUGCGCCGCCAGUCAGGCCAUCAGUGGAUCCACGGGAACAGACGAGCGAACCGGAAAGAUGCAUUUCAACCUUCAUUGCCUGAUCAGCCUGCUGCUGGCGCUGCUGUGCGGCGCCCUUGUGAGUGCCUAUCCCCAGGGUGGUCCCUGCGGACCGCCCCCCAGUGGCCCGCCGCCAUCUGGACCACCGCCAUCGGGACGCCCGCCAGGCGGUCCGGGCGGACGCUGUGGCCCGCCGCCCUCGACAACAGCUUCAUCGGGCUAAGAACUCCAAGCCCAACGCCCAGUUGCAGUCCCAGUCCCAGUUCCGGCACGACACGUUCCAUGCGAAACUUCCUAUUGCUAAGUGUAUCCUCUCCCUGUUCUGUGUAGUUUUUUUUUGUUUUUUUGCUCAAUCCAUUCUAAAAUAUAUACGUGUGUAAUCCCGCUGAAA